AUGGCUAGCAACGAUGGCUUUCCAACCAGAGAGUCUGUCCUGUUGGCGAUGAGAAACGACUUGGGCAUGACACGAGUAGACGAUCUUCAGCUGGAGAACGGUCAUCGUGGUCACACCAUCCGCACCGGAAAUGCAAGCUCGAUGAUCAUGGCACAGGCCACCGCCACCCCGAGAGAGAUAUUGCCGGUCGCGAGCAAGUGGAAAUCUGCAAUCCAAUCCGGCGCUUUCGAUGAUGAUGACGCAGAAACCGUCAAAGGUCUUGACCGGAUCGGUGGUGGUAGACUGCACGCGCUGAACAAUGUCCCCACCGUGCCCGCACAGUACUUUCCACAACGCAAAAAGCUCCCUCCCGGCCUCCCUCCCCCAGGUCUCGGACGAAACACGCCCUUCAAUAUUCAGCCGGACCCUCACCGGCCGGCAAAGUCGGUCCCAGGUGUUCCGUUCGCCGGCUUCGGACAACAAGAUGCACGUUCAGCGGGCCUUCCCCCUGGUUUAGAUAAAACGAGUGCUCUUCUUUCGUUCAAAAUGCCUCCCAAAUCUGCACCGAAACCAAAGGGCUUCGGCACCGUCGACAGCGACGUCGUGCGUCGACUUGGAGGAGACUCACCUAUGCCUCGGCGUAUCGUACAGGUGCCAGAAAACACGGUCAGGAAACAGACACUCCCUGAACCUUCGUCCCCCGAGGUUAAAAUCCUACGACCACAGGACCCAGAGCCAGCUUCGAUUGUGUACAAGGAAGGCAUCCGCGUGGCAGACAGGUUGGCAAAGGGAGAAGGAGUCGUGUACUUGGUCGCAUUGUCCGACUCGGAUCCAGGAACUUUCCACGUCUACCUGGAGGGCUCCAAGUAUCUUGAGUACCCGGUCUUGAAAAUGCACAAUUACAUCACCAACGCAACCGAUCUCUGCCCUCAGUUUAAAGAGUCUGAUGGCGUCUCGAUUACCACGACGCGUCUUGUUUUUGGCAGCCAGGAUAAAAUUGCAAAGUUCAUGGAGGUUCUUCGGAGCUUGAAAGCACGGAAGCAAGAACAUGGUUCCGAAGCAACUGCGGCGAGUACGCCUGCACAGACUGCAAAGAAAGCGGUUUCCAUUUCUACACCUCCCGAAGAGCCUGACUCCUCCCAGAAUAUCGAUAGGGGAAGCGUGCUAGUCCCAAGCAAAUCUGCCAAAGAAGACACACCUGGAGAAAUAGCCCAAGCGACAUACGACGUCAAACCAACUUCCACUCUCCCAAACGCUAGUACAAGAACCAUAUCAGCCGCAGAGAGUCCCUCGGCGGACUUGGUUCUCGAGUACGGGGACGACGACUACGGCAUGGCGUGCGAUCUUGUCGACUUGUCGCACCCAGUGGAGGUAACUGCUUCCAGGCCCCCGACUCGGUCUACCAUGGCAUCGUCCUAUGUAAUGGAUCUUGGGUCUUUGCAAUCGUCUCACUUUGAAACACCUGCAAUGUUGUUGGACGUUGUCGAAGGGGUACAGGAGCAGAGUACUCCAUUUGUGGCGGCUGGGGUGGGAGCUCUUGAUACAGAGCGAUUUAUGGAACAUGCCGCCGAGCCUGGGACAGGGCUUGUUACUGAACUUCUCACCGACCCUGUUGCAGUCCCUGUGGUAGAGCCUAAGACAGAACCCGAUAUGGACCUAUCUGCAACAAAUCACUCAGAGCACCCCUCCUUGCCAGCUGAAAAGGCCCCUGACGAAGCCAUCCAUCGUCCUCAGGGUGAUGCCUUUGCAGAAGAUGAUGCCAUGGGGAGCAAAAUACGCCUCCAAGACUCACUCCUUGAGAUAUUGCCAAAGUUUGAGGCCAUGGUCUGUAUCCUAGACAGCGUCGACGAAGCGAAAAGAGUGGAUACAGCUAAGUUAGUCUUUUCCAAUCUUCGGUCAAGCCUGGGCAGCAAAACAAACGUCCACCUCUCGUCUGCAGAGCAGCUUCUAUGGGCCAUUCUCGCAAAGCUGUCCAAAGAGAAAGGGACUUCUGUGAAAGCUGCAGACAUCGCGUGCCGGCUUACAUACACUCGCGAUAAUGUCGAGAGACUACGGGACCGCGCCGCGCCGCCUCCAGAGAUUCUUGACAAGCUUGACUUCUUGCCACGGCCGUCCCGACUGGGCCGUCCGAAGGCAUCCCGCGCGCAGCCCCUGCACACACCAUCGUCAAGCCUCACGGACAACAAAAUACGGUCCAAUCUGAAGCCUACAGCAGAGCCAUUCCAGCCAAGCCCACCGCCCAAGAUGAGUCAGACCAAAUCUACAACUCGGCUUACGUUGACUAGUUCUACACUGGGCAUGCGGCCUGCAACCACAUCACCAGUGGCACUGAGCGACAUUUCCAACUCAUCAAUCGCGAGCAACAUUGAUUCGUUGACCGCACGCAUGUCUCGUCUCACUCCCCCGGACGCCCCGUCCAAAACGGCUACAAAGGGAUUGCAAGGUUCCAGAUGGGCGACAGCUGGCAAUAGUGUUUCCACUGAGAAUGCUAACCGUUUCAUGGGUAUCGCUAUUCCCCCAUAG